AUGACACAACAACCUCCACGAAAACGAAUACAUUUGGACGACGAUGCAAUAGACAACGACGUAGAAGCUACUGAAUCGCAACCCCAAAGUCAAAGAGAAGCAUCAGCGUCAACUGAUAGUGGCGACAGCUCCCAACAGCAACAACAGCCUACCAAUCGAUCAACGCCACGACCAUCCUCAUUACGAUCCUCAACACAACCAACACAAUCCACCGACAAUCGCCACGUCUCAUUUGCGCCCGGGACCAAUCAAGAACCUGACGAACCAACAGAGCGAAAGCCUCGACUUGUCAUUACCAAAAUGGUCCUCAACAACUUCAAAUCCUAUGCUGGACGACAAGUUAUUGGGCCUUUUCAAAAGUCCUUUAGUGCAAUUGUGGGUCCGAAUGGUUCUGGCAAGUCGAAUGUGAUUGAUGCUCUUCUCUUUGUAUUUGGAUAUCGAGCCAACAAGAUGCGUCAAGGCAAGCUAUCGGAGCUCAUCCACAAUUCUGCCAAACAUCCCAAUUGCAAUUCAUGUUCAGUGGAGGUUCAUUUUCAGAUGAUCAUUGAUGGAAAUACACCAAAAGAGUAUGAAAAGGUGCCCAAUUCACGAUUGGUGGUCUCUCGACAAGCUUAUCGCAACAACACCAGCAAGUACUUUAUCAACGACAGAACCAGCAGCUAUACCGAGGUGACAACAUUGUUGCGGGAAAGAGGCAUUGAUCUGGAUCAUAAGCGAUUCUUGAUUCUCCAAGGUGAAGUCGAAUCAAUCGCAUUGAUGAAACCAAAAGCGAAGGAUGACAGUGAUGAUGGCUUGCUCGAAUAUCUCGAAGAUAUCAUUGGAACGUCAAAAUAUAAGGAACCAAUCGAAGACGCAACCAACAAACUCGAGACUAUCAAUGAGGAACGCACUGAAAAGUUGAAUCGUGCACGCUAUGUUGGCAAAGAAAAGGACAAUCUCGAGAGCAAGAAACGUGAGGCUGAGAACUUUUUGGAGAGUGAGAAUGAUCUUGCAAGGAGGAAGAAUGAGCUCUAUCAGAUAUAUACGUAUGAAGCAAGAAUCAAUGUUCAAACGGCACAAAAGGCGGUGGUGGAACUCCGAGAAAAGUUGGAGCAAGAGACGGCAAAUCAUGUUGAUUAUGAGAAGGAAGUCAAAGAGAUGGAGAAGCUGCAUAAGGAUGCGUACAAGGAAUACGAGGCUUUCGACAAAGAGACCAAUGCUAUCCUGAAACGCCAUGCAAAGUUUGAAAAGGAGGAUGUCCAGCUCCGUGAACGUAAGCAGCAUCUGGAAAAGAAGUUGGAGAAAGCCCAAGAAACAUUGGAAAAGGAUCGCAAAGAUCGAGCUCAAGCACGUGAUGAUAUCAAGAAGCAUGGCGAUGAUCUCACCAAGCGGAAGAAGGAUCUGAAGGAGCUUGAGAAGCAGCUGAAGGAGGAAGAGAAAAGGCUGGAGGAGAUCAAUGCCGAGCUGAAGGGGAAUACGGAUAUCUACAUGGCAGAGAUUGAGGAUCUCAAGAAGCAGCUUGCACCAUGGACUGAAAAGAUCAACGACAAAAAGAAGAAUAUCGACGUGCGCAAAUCUGAACAGGAGCUGCUGGCAGAGAAAUUGACAUCUGGCAAGAAGGCUGUUGAGCAUGCUGAAAAACAACUUGGGCGUAUCAAGGAGCAAAAAAAGUCCAAGGAAGCUGAACUUAAAUCACUGCCAAAGGAGGUCAAGACGCUUGAAAAAGAAAUUGAGGAAUUAAAAGCUAAGAGCAAGGAGCUGGAGGAAAAGGAGCGAACUCAGAGGCAACAAGUCAGCAUCGCUCGACAAAAAGCCGAUGAAGCACAAUCCUCGUUGAUGCAAUCCCAAAACCGGGGUAAGGUGCUGGAUAGUUUACUCCACAUGCGAGAUGCUGGUCGUAUCAAUGGUAUCUAUGAUCGCCUUGGCAACCUUGGUGUGAUUGAUGACAAGUAUGAUAUUGCGGUCUCAACAGCAUGCCCCGCUUUGGACAAUAUUGUGGUGGAAACAGUGGAAUCGGGUCAAGCGUGUAUUGAAUACUUGCGCAAGAACAACCUUGGUCGUGGCGUGUUUACUGUAUUGAACAAGCUGAAGAAUCAACGCAUGGACCCCAUUGAAACGCCUGAGGAUGUACCUCGAUUGUUUGAUCUUAUUCGAGCCAAAGACGACAAAUUUCUCCCUGCCUUUUACAGCAUCAUGCAAGAUACCCUGGUGGCGAAUGAUAUGAGACAAGCCAACCGCAUCGCCUAUGGAGAAAAACGUUGGCGUGUCGUGACGCUUGAUGGCAAAUUGAUUGAAAAAUCGGGUGCAAUGUCAGGUGGUGGCAAUCGUCCUUUACGAGGCGCCAUGGAUUCGCGCUUUAGAGACACAGGUGUUACAGCAGCCACAGUAGAGGAUUUGCAGCGUGAGCAACACAAGCUUGAAGAAGAGCUUCGGGAUUUAUUGGAGCAAAAGCGUGCAUGUGAGCUUUCAUUACGAUCUAAGAAUGAUGCUCUUCCACGUAAACAACUCGCUAUUGAGAAGCUUGAAAUGGACAUGGUUAGCUUGGAGCAACAGCUUGCUGAUGAAGAAUCACAUCUUGUGACACUAAAGACGAGAGUGGAACCAAGCCCUCAGGAUGUCAAACGGCACGACGAGAUUGCAGGCGAGAUUGAAACACUCAAGCAAGAAAUGGAAGAGUUGAAGGAGAAAACGGUUGAGAUUGAGGACAGCAUCAAGUCAUUGCAAGAAGAUAUCAUGGAUGCAGGUGGCAUGGAUUUACGUCUGCAAAAGGUCGUUGUCGAUGACGUGACCAAACGUAUCAACAAUCUCAACAACAAGAUCACCAAAGCUAUGGUUGCCAAAGCCAAAGCUGAAAAGGAUGUCAUUCGACUUGAGUCCAGCAUUGUGAACACCGACAAUGAAUGCGAGAAAAUCAAGGCCCAAGUCCACGAGCUUGAUGAAGAUGUUAAGGAGAAAGCCAAAGAAGCUGCCGCUAUUAUGAAAGAAGCGGAUGAAUCAAAAAAGCGCAUGCAAGAAAAGAAAGCCGAAGCGGACAAGCUGAAAAAGGAUUUGGAUGAAAAGACCAGCAAGAUCAACGCCUUGAGGAAGUCCCAAGUUGAAAUCAAGAACAAGAUGGAAGAUUACCAACGUAGUCUACUGGACAACCAGCGAAAGGCUUCUCAUUGGCAAGACCAAAGAUCAAGAUUAUCAUUGCAUAAUUACAAAAUGGAUUCUCGUGAACCUGACUUGGAAGUGUAUGAUGAUGAAGCGAUUGAACAACAACUCCUGAAAUCGACGCAAGCGAUCAAAGCAGAAAUUGCCGAGUUGGAAGCCUUUGUACAAAGCGCCCAACCCAAUCUUUCGGUAUUGGAAGAAUAUCGCCGCCGAGAAGCUGAAUACAAUGAGCGGGUGGAUGACUUGAAUGCAAUUACGAGGAAACGCGAUGAUGUCAAGAGCGAAGUGGAACGCCUACGCAAACAACGCCUCGAUGAAUUCAUGCAUGGCUUCAAUAUCAUUUCUCAAAAGCUCAAAGAAAUGUACCAGAUGAUCACCAUGGGCGGCAAUGCAGAGCUUGAGCUUGUCGACAGUUUGGACCCAUUUUCUGAAGGCAUCGUGUUCAGUGUCAUGCCACCGAAAAAGAGCUGGAAGAAUAUUGCUAACCUUUCUGGUGGUGAAAAGACGUUGAGCUCUUUGGCACUUGUAUUUGCUCUUCACCAUUUCAAGCCUACGCCAUUAUAUGUGAUGGAUGAAAUUGAUGCUGCCCUGGAUUUCCGCAACGUAUCGAUUGUAGCCAACUAUAUCGCUGAGCGAACCAAGAAUGCACAAUUUGUGAUCAUCAGUCUUCGCAACAACAUGUUUGAACUUGCUGAUCGACUUGUUGGUAUUUACAAGACCCAAGAUUGUACCAAGAGCAUCGCCAUCAACCCAUCGAUGUUUGCUACUUUGUCAGCAGCCACCGGUGCAUUGUCUUCUUCAAACAGCAAUAGCAACAACAACAACAACAGUAGUAGUAGUAGUAGUGUCACACCUCCUCCUGCUCCGUCAGUAACACCACCGUCAUCAUCAUCAGGAUCCUCCACAGCCCCACCACAAGCGUCCUCCUCCUCCUCCUCUUGA